UCCCCCCAUCCUGCAGGUGGCCAUUCCCAUUUCUCCAAGCAAAGCCCAGCCCAGCAUUCAAAAUAGAGUCCCUCAAGGUGACGGUUGACUUCCUGAAGGUGCCCCUUGGCCUGAAGAAGCCCCCUCUGAAGGAGGCCGUGGCCAUCCCGGGGUCAGGCAAAGCCAAGCCUCCCAACGUGGAGCGGCACAAGCCUCGCCGUGCUGACAGCAUGGACAAUGAGUCGCAAUAUUCGGGCUACUCCUACAAAUCCGGGCACUCCCGCAGCUCCCGCAAGCACAGGGAUCGAAGAGACCGGCAUCGCUCCAAGAGCCGGGAUGGGAGUCGUGGGGACAAGUCAGUGACCAUCCAGGCACCAGGAGAACCCCUGCUAGACAAUGAAUCGACCCGGGGGGAUGAGAGGGAUGACAACUGGGGCGAGACCACCACGGUAGUGACGGGGACGUCGGAGCACAGCAUCUCCCACGAUGACAUCACACGUAUCACCAAGGACAUGGAGGACAGCGCUCACCUGGACUGCUCACGGCACUUGGGUGUCGCGCUGGCCGGGGCAUUGGCUCUGCUCGCCUUCCUCACCCCUCUCGCCUUCAUGCUGCUGCCCCAGCUGCUGUGGCGGGAGGAGCUGGAGCCCUGUGGGACACCCUGCGAGGGGCUUUUCAUCUCCGUGGCCUUCAAACUCCUCAUCCUCCUUCUGGGCAGUUGGGCACUUUUCUUCCGCCGCCCCAAGGCCUUUUUCCCACGUGUCUUCGUCUUCCGUGCGCUGCUUAUGGUGCUCGUCUUCCUCCUGGUUGUUUCCUACUGGCUCUUCUAUGGCGUGCGCAUCCUGGACUCGCGGGACCGCAACUAUCAGGGCAUCGUGCAGUACGCCGUCUCGCUGGUGGAUGCAUUGCUCUUCGUGCACUACCUGGCCGUGGUGCUGCUCGAGCUGCGCCAGCUCCAGCCCCAGUUCACACUCAAGGCCGUGCGCUCCACCGACGGGGCCAGCCGCUUCUACAACGUCGGGCACCUCAGCAUCCAACGAGCGGCUGUCUGGAUCCUGGAGAACUAUUACCACGAUUUCCCAGUCUACAAUCCUGCCCUCCUCAACCUGCCAAAAUCCGUCCUGUCCAAGAAAAUGUCCGGGUUUAAAGUCUAUUCCCUCGGCGAGGAAAACAGCACCAAUAACUCCACGGGGCAGUCCCGGGCUGUCAUCGCUGCGGCCGCACGCCGGCGUGACAACAGCCAUAAUGAGUAUUACUAUGAGGAGGCAGAGCAUGAGCGCAGGGUGCGGAAACGCCGUGCCAGGCUUGUGGUUGCAGUGGAGGAGGCUUUCACUCAUAUCAAACGCCUCCAGACAGAGGAACAGCAAAAAGCUCCAGGAGAGAUGAUGGACUCUCGAGAAGCAGCCCAGGCAAUCUUCCCAUCCAUGGCAAGGGCCAUGCAGAAAUACUUGCGCACCACCCAGCAGCAGCAGUACCACAGCAUGGAGAGCAUCCUGCAACACCUGUCCUUCUGCAUCACCAAUAACAUGACGCCCAAGGCGUUCCUGGAGAGGUACCUGAGUGCUGGGCCCACCAUCCAGUACCAUAAGGACCGCUGGCUGGCCAAGCAGUGGACGCUGGUCAGUGAGGAGCCGGUGACCAAUGGCCUGAAAGACGGGGUGGUCUUUGUGUUGAAACGCCAUGACUUCAGCCUGGUGGUCAGCACCAAGAAGAUCCCUUUCUUCAAGCUCUCGGAGGAGUUUGUGGACCCCAAGUCGCACAAGUUCGUCAUGAGGCUGCAGUCUGAGACCUCCGUGUGAGCACAGAGUUGCUGCAGGGGGGCUCUGGGGUGGCCUGGAUCAUGCAGGUCCCUGAGUACCAAGCCCCUUCCCUGGCACGAGGCCCCACGCUCCCACAUCCAGCUCCUCACAGCCAUCCCCAGGAGGCACUGCCAGCACAGCACAGUGUCACAGCUGGACGGGCAGCAUCUCAGUGCCAUCCCCCCUACCCAAGGGCUGACCUUUGGCUGAGUUCAUUGCACCAGCAGCCUUGCUCGUGGCCAGGUCUGAAGCAUCUCUUGCGUCUUCCUCUUCAGCUGCGACUGCUGCGUCCUCCGGUCUUAAAGCAUCACCUGUGUCUGGGCUGGUUGGUAAUAAUGUCACUUUGGGAGUGUUUUGCAAACUCCUGUGAUCUGAGGCUGCUAUGGAACCCUUCUCUUUUCCCCAUGAUUGGGGCAAACCCCACAGGCACGGUGCUGCUGCCAUGGGAGACCCUCAGCUCCCUACUACUUUGGGCAUGGAGCUCCUCACAGAAGCAGGAGGAGAUCUGAUGAUGAAGCUGAGAAACAUCCCAGCGAUGUGGGUGCCCCAGCUUCCAGCACACCCCUCACAUAGGGCUGUUGCCCCAUUCCAACACGUGUUGGCUACCAGAACCACAGAGAUUGGAAAAGAUCAUUGAGUUCACUCAUCCAGCAUCACCUCUAAUGCUCAUCUCUCAGCCUCGCGGGGCUGGUGAGGGGCAGUGGGAUUUGGGGUGCAGCACCCCAUGGCUUACAGUAGGACAGCCCAAAGCACCCCCAGACCUUGGUGCUGGUUCCAAAGGGCUUCUUUAUGGAGACCGUGCUCAGUGGGCUCCUCGCUCCUGUCCUAUGGAGAGGUGGUGAUGCCGUGACCCCCAGGGGUGCGGAGCAGGGGGGACCCCAAUGCUCAGGGCUGCACUACAGCUUCUGCCUUUCCUCAGCUCUAUGAGGGCUGCCAAUACCUCGUGGGGGUUCCUGUAUUUAUCCACUUUUCAUCCUGGGGGUCACCCCGAGCCAGGUUUGGGCUUUCUUUGGCCCUGAGAGCUGCCAAACCUCAUCACUGUGACAUGCGUGUCCCCCCUCCCUACCCAAGGGGCAGGGGGCUUCCCAGUAAGCACCAGUAGCAGAAAACGGAUCCAAAUGGAUUUCAAGGGCUUAACCCAGCACAAAAUGGGUGGGAUGUAGUGUGUGUGUGUGGAGGGGGGGGGGCUCUGUCCCAAAUUCCCAGGGAUUUUUCUGGAAAUCUCUUUUAUUUUCCAGACUUUCCAUGGUUUUUGUGACCCCGCUCAGCCCUGUGCAGCUUCCAGUCCCGUUUACACACGUGGCCCUUUGGGGUUUGGUGCGGCCAGGAGCCCAAUUUGGGGGUUGUUUUAUUGCGAAAAGAAAGACUUCUUCAGUGAGCAAGAGCAGAUCUGUGUAGGCCUUGGGAAGGUUAUGGGGUAGGGGGGAUUGGGAGGGAGGGGGGGAAGGUGUUCCAGUUGAAAUUGAAAGAGGAAUAAACUUUGUUGGUCUCCAAUCCCCGCAGAGCCAAGACAUUGUGCAUGUGUGUAGAAAAGAAAGGAGGGGAGAAGAGGGGAAGGGGGGGGGGAA